AUGGCGGACGACAGUAGUUCGGGAUGGGCGAUCUCGUCAUCACCUCCAAGGAGGACCACGGCGCCUGAGGGCGUCGUCGGUGACAGCACCGGCCAAAGCCGGGCUAGGAUUUCUCCUGACCGAACCAUCCCAACCAGCGUCGCUCCAACCAGCGCAAGCGCGGCCAUACCAACAUGUGGGUGGGAACGCCUCGAAACAACACCUCCAUGGAGGAAACGGCACCUGUUCCUGGUGAACGACGUGCCGAUCCGGCGGUACGAGAGGAAGACGGAGGCCACGUUCCCGGACCGGGAGAUGUGGGCGUACGGCUCCAUCUGGGACGCCUCCGACUGGGUCACCGACGGCGGCCGCUACCGCGCCGACUACCGCUACCAGCCGUUCGUCUCGCGGUUCGCCGACCUCAAGAUCGGCGGGUGCGCCGAGGACGCACCGCCCCACGGACGCCGACCCGUGCCGGCGUCGCCGUCGGGGGCGGCGCUCAGCCCGCAGCAGGAGGCCGCCAUGCGGUGGGCGCAGCGGAACUCCAUGGUGUACUACUACUGCCUCGACUCGUCCAGGGACCACGCGCUCUACCACGAGUGCUGA